GCUGAGGCCAGCGGAGGCAGAGGCCGUGGCUCCACAGCCAGAAAUAGUAUGGGAGACCACAGGCUACCAGGGAGCCAGGCCCGUCGGACACUUAAGCCAACAUCUCAAGACACUUCUGCCAAGUCUAUGUGGAAAGAAUCUUCCAAGUGUUUUUCAAAGCACAAGCGAGAGCAGCUGAGGUUACCCACCUCCACCUCCGUAGAGAACAAGUACCGACUCCGUGGUAAGGAACAACCAGGGUCAGAUGACUUUAGGAAAGCCGUGGCAAUGUGUAAAGGGCUGACCCUAAGCAGCAUGGAGGAUACCCUUUUCCCAACAAUUUCUAACGGAGUAUGUAGUUCCUUCGCCAACAAGAAUCAGCCCAAGUCACCUGAUGAUUCAGAACUGUUUUAUCCGCUUUUGACAGUCCAGCGACCACGUAAAACCAUCUGGGACAAAAUAGGUUCCCACCACGAUCAAGAACUGUUUGCUCCAUGGCCUAGAGGAAAAGAAAGUUCUGCAGACAUAUUAAUCAAAAUGCUGGAAACACCAAGACCUAACUGGAUACAUGAAACACCAAGACCUAAACGGAUGCUGCAAACAACAAGACCUAAACGGAUGCUGGAAAAUAAAUGGCCAUAUCGGGAAGAUCACAGGGAAGCAACCAAGCAGCCCACCACCUCUGCCAAACAGUCUCAAAGAAAAAUCGAUCUAGAACAUCAGAAGCUUCCCUGGUCAUGUGAAGGCACUUGGGUCCAUGAUGGUAAACACAGAGGACAGGAUAUGCUUAGCUCUCUUUAUUAUAAAUAUAUAUACAAAGGAGGGAAGGACGAAUGGGCUGAAAAGUUUAGAGAUUCCGUGCAGCACAUUGACACAGGAUAUGACAAUCAAUCAAGCUGUGAAGAGCCACCUGUCAGGAGAAUUAAUAUGUGUAAUUGUGACACCAAGUAUGAUAAGAAAGUGAGCAAAGGGAAGGACACGCCACUAUCUAAAGAGGAAUCCAGCUUUGUUAUAAAACUCCAAACCCCACCAGACCUUUACACAGCCAACAAGCACAAGCAGUAUGAAUCACCAUUUCUGAAAAACAGCCAGCUGAAAACACCAGGCGCUGAAGAAACUAAUCCCUAUGAACUUGAACUUCAAGGUGAAAAUGCUGGUAAAUCGGAGCAAACCUAUGAACCAACUGACUGGAAGUACUUUAUAAGCAAGGAAGACACUACACCAAGCACCCUUGAGCAGAUGUUUAUGAAGAAGAGAUGGGGUUGUGAACGUUCUUCUCCAACAUCAAAAAUGUUUAGAGAUUAUUAUUGGAUCGUGGACUCAGAUGAUGAUGAUGACGAUGAUGAUGAAGAGGAGGAGGAGGAGGAGACAUUGAAGUAACAGGAGACAGAAAAUAAGUAGAUGACCUUCUAAUUAUAAAUCAUUUAGCUAUAUCCAAUUC